CGGGGGGGCAGCGCCCGGCGGCGGCCGGGAUAAUGCGGCUGCGGGGCCGCGCCGCCCAGCCCGGAGGCAUCGCCAGCGGGGCGCCCCCGCCGCCUCCACCGCCACCACCAUGUCCCCCCCGGCCUCGGCGGCCGCGGCCGGCGAGGGAGGAGGCAGCAGCGCGUCGGUGCCGCCGGAGGAGGCGGAGGGGGGCCGAGAGGAGCAGCGGCCGGUGAAGCAGUCUCUCAGCAAGUCGCUGUGCCGGGAGUCCCACUGGAAAUGCCUGCUGCUGUCGCUGCUGAUGUACGGCUGCAUGGGAGCCAUGACGUGGUGCCACGUCACCAAGGUGACCCGGCUGACCUUCGACAGCGCCUACAAGGGCAAGUCCAUGAUGUACCACGACAGCCCCUGCUCCAACGGCUACGUCUACAUCCCGCUGGCCUUCCUGGUGAUGCUCUACGUGGUGUACCUGGUGGAGUGCUGGCACUGCUACACCCGCAACGAGCUGCAGUACAAAGUGGACGUGGAAAGCGUGCAUGAGCGAGUGCAGCGGAUGCAGCAGGCCACCCCGUGCAUCUGGUGGAAGGCCAUCAGCUACCACUACGUCCGGAGGACCCGGCAGGUGACCCGCUAUCGCAACGGGGAUGCCUACACCACCACCCAAGUGUAUCACGAGCGGGUCAACACCCACGUGGCAGAGGCCGAGUUUGACUAUUCCAACUGCGGAGUUAAGGAUAUCUCCAAGGACCUCAUUGACCUGGAGAGCUACCCGGCCACGCGGCUCCGCUUCACCAAGUGUUUCAGCUUUGCCAACGUGGAGUCGGAGAACUCCUACCUGACCCAGCGGGCCCGCUUUUUCACGGAGAACGAGGGCCUGGAUGACUACAUGGAGGCCAGGGAGGGAAUGCACCUCAAAAACGUGGACUUCAAGGAAUACAUGGUGGCCUUUUCCGACCCAGACAACCUGCCUUGGUACGUAUCCCACUAUGUCUUCUGGGUGGCUGCUCUGCUGACCCUAUCCUGGCCCCUGCGGGUGCUAAAUGAGUACCGCACCUCCUACGUCCAUUACCACGUGGAGAAACUCUUUGGGUUUGACUAUGUGGCGGUGACGCCGGCCGAGGAGCGCUCCUUCUGCCGGAGGAUGCCCCGCGUCAACACGGUGGACAGCACCGAGCUGGAGUGGCACAUCCGAUCCAACCAGCAGCUGGUGCCCAGCUACUCGGAAGCGGUCCUGAUGGACUUGGUGGGGCUGUCUGGCUGCACCAGCUACUCGGCGUGCCGCUACGGGGGCUACCGGCAGAACUGCGAGCGGUGCCACAGGACUAUAAGCAGCUCUUCCAUCUUCUCCCGCAGUGCCCUGAGCAUCUGCAACGGCAGCCCCCGCAUCCCCUUCAGCAGCAGCCGCUUCUCGCUGGGCCGCCUCUACGGCUCACGGCGCAGCUGCCUGUGGCAGAGCCGGAGCGGGAGCCUGAACGAGCAGAGCUGCCCCACGGAGCAGACCCGCCUCUCCAGCCAGGUCACGGUGGAGGAGGAAGACCCCCCUCCUUACCAGGACGCCCUCUACUUCCCCAUCCUCAUCGUGCACCGCAACGAAGGCUGCCUGAACCACGACCACCGUCACCUCCACCGCAACGGGUCCUGCGUGGAGACCUCACUGUGAAGGCGGGGGGCAGUGGGAUCUUGUUGCCAAUGGCCUGGCCCGAGCCAGCGCAGGAUCUGGGGAGAAGAGCGCCGGGGAGGGAGACGGCCCGGGAGGACGAGGUGGGACGGAGCGGUGGCUCUGACCUCCUGGGGAGGUGAGUGAUGGUGCUCUCCCUGACAUGGCACAGAACUCUAGACCGACCACCACAUGCAAAAAAGAAACCCCAAAACCAUAAUUCAGCAGCGUCGAGAUCCAAAGGGGGGAAUGAAAAGACAGGCCUGUUGCAGGGAGGGGGGUGCUUCAGCUCCCAGCUCCGUCUCCAGGCUGGCUUAUGCUCCGAGGAAGCAGCGACCACCAGGCAGCACCCUGCCGCAUUCUCGUCAGCCCUGCUCCCAAUUGCGCCAGAGCCAGAGCCCUCGCAGGGUGGAGGGAGCGACGUUACCUGCCCGUGCCUGAAGGCCUAGGGUGCCCGGGCACGUGGAGCUGACGGGCAGGUUAGAGAGAAGGCUGAGCACCAUGAAUCCAGCUUCCCCCUGCCCCAACCGUUUCCCACCGUCCCUGUUUGUUUUUUAGACCAUGCUCCGACUGUUACAUGCUCUUGGGGCUGGGAACGGCAUCGUCUCCAGAGGACCCCAGGCACGGCUCCCAAGGAAGCUUCGGGAUGCCAGCUCUGAGGGUCAGCAUCCCGGGGGCAAAGGACUGUGUGCUCGGGAUGAGCGCGGGCAGGGAUGGAGGUGCGGACCCAGGUGGAGCGGAGAGCGACAGCAACAGACCUGCCGGCUGGAGGAGGGCUCAGCUGGAGGGAGAGCGGGAGGCCCCUGGUGAGCUGGGGAAGGGGAAGGGGCUGGGGCUGGGACAGCAUCGUGCUAAUAGCUGGUGUGUCUGUUGGCAGAGGUCCCCAGCCUUGAAGCGGGUCCUGAUUGCUUCAGGCAGGCAUCAAGGAAGGCUCUGGUAGGUUCAGCUGCAGCUCACCCAUUGGUAGUAGGCCAGCAGGGUGGUGCAUGUCUGCAAGAGGGUGUUGUGCACUAAAUCAGGCUGGUUUCUGGCUGCAGGCUGAGCCGCGGACUUCUGGCAGCCUGGUUUUGGCAGAGAGCUCUGAGGGGCAUUGAGGGAGAAAUGUAAAAACAUGCUGGAGAGUUGGGAACCCCAGGCUGGGGACGUGGGGAGCACAGCAGGGAGGCGUCCGCCACCAGAACAGAGCCUGGGGAGGUGUUAGAGGGGAGCCUGCUUAAAACUGGGCAGCUUUCACUACUGGGGUAUUUCCAGAGAGGCGUCAGGCUGCGAGGAGCAAGGUGAGGUCUGUGUAGCUCCCUCUCUUAUCUGCCUUGCUCUGGUCAGGGCACGCUGGCCUGCACGGAGCUCUGUGCUGUCCCCUGCUAGGAAGGAGCUCGGUGGCGCUGGGCAAGGAGCCUUCAUGUCACCAAGUCUACAUCAGCGCCUGCAGCACAAGGGCAUCCAGCUUUUCUUCUCCAUCAGCAUGUCCCCAGGUCUCUCGUGUCACUGUUCUCAGAAAAGCUGUCUCCUUUUCCAUCAGCUGUUUUGGGAGUUGGAUGCCAAGGCAGCCAGUGACUUCUCCUGACAGCACUUCUCAGCCUCACCACGCUUCCCUCAUCCGCUGGGGCAGAAGACAUCCGAGAGCAAGGUGUCGUGGGUCACAGGAGCAAGUCCAUUAGCACCUGGUCACUCGAGCUUGGUGUCUGCCUCCACAUCCGUAUCGGAAGGGCAAGACAUAACAGCAAACAGCGAGGCACUGUGUUUAAUCCAGCCACUCUUCCUCCUCCCAACUUGUUAACAAAGGAUCUGUUUCUCUAGUCACGCCACUGCAUUGCUGCACCGACCAGGUCUUGGGGACCACGUCAUCUGACUUUUGAAAAUCAUCUCUAGUGGAUUAAGUUUAGAAUUGCAGGAUCCUUCUCUAACGAUCGCUGCAUCUCUGCAGGAUACACAGACAAGCAAGGCUGGGCUUGGCUUUGCCCCCAGGGUUGUUCCUUCUUCUGCUCUGUGCCUGCAUGCCCUGGACAGCAUCUCUUGCCCUCCCGGAUUGAUUUGUCCUCCUGGGUCUCAAGGGCUAGACUCCAAACAAUGGUGAUUUGAACGCGAAGUCCCUUAAAAUCUCACUCUGUUAUGCUUCUGUCUUGUAAUCUACCCUUCCUCUCGCUGCCAGAUCUAGAUGUUGGCUUAAAUAAGAGGGCCUCUGUGGAAACAGGGAAGCACAAGGUCUCCGGUGUGGGUACAUCCUCCUCUGCUUUUUGUUCUCGUUCUCAUUGGCACAAAUUCAGGCCGGGUAGAAGUGCCCUGUUGGCUGUCCUGGAAUUUCCUUGCUCAGUGAUUACAUUUGGCUUGCUGGGCGCUUGUGCUUCUCUCUCCGAGGGCCCGAUGUAAGCUCAGGCCAAUGCUGAGGAUCCUGGUGAGUCUCAGGAGGUAGUGAUGUGGGCUUGUAUGUCCUGGUGAAUCAGGAGACGUUCAGCCAGUGGAGCUACUGUGGGUCACUAGUGAGGCGUGUGUGUCCUUUCCAACGUAUUCUCUUUGAAAUCUCCUCCACAUUGCUUACAUUCAGCUGCAGUGGCUCAUCUUUUUAUCCCUAGCCUCCAAGGUGCGUUGGACAGAUGGAUUUAUCACAGGUUUGGCAGGCCUUCUAGCUCCCUAGGGCACAGAAAGUCCUCCAAAUAGGGACAGGUUACUGGGGUGUCUGUGCCCUAUCCCUUAGCUGCACCGCUCUGCUGGCAGAUGCCUCAUGCCUCAUCAUCUGCCCAUGCCUUGGCCCUUUUUGGGCUUCCUCAUGAGGUUUCUUCAGGAGCACACAGGCCCAGGCUCCGGAAGGCUCUGCUUUUUUCCACGUGCCCUUCAUCCCUUGCAGCUUUCCAUGGCCGCGGAGUCAGACUCGGCACGGCGCUUGCCAGCGGGUUUUCCUCUCACGCCAGGGCAGGGGAAGUGGGAGCACGGCCAGCUCCUUGUCCCGGCGCGUCGUGUCGCUGACACAGCCCCCGAAGAGCGCUGCUGCACCCUGUCAUACGGCCGGGCAACGCGUCAGGGCUGCUUGGUGUUUCCUCUUGCUGCCAGUGCACUUGUCAAGUACUUAAAAGCUCUCCAGCUUCCUUGAACUAGAGAGAACUGAUGUGUGAGGGGCUCUGGAUUAGGCGAUCCUCAAGGGGCAUCUCCACCCAUUUAUCCAUCUUUCAGCACACACUGGACGCUUCCCAGAUGGUGCCCAGUACUUUGCUGAUGCAGAGCCAGGCAGUGAAACCGACCAGCCUGGGGGUCCUUCUUGAGCCCCCCCUGAAUGCCACGCAGGCUGCACCAAAAAGGGAGGUUUCGGGGAGGGCUUUUGGGCUGAACGACUGUGGGGCCGUUCAUUAGGACAGGGGGAAGCAGUGUCAGACUGUGGCCUACCCCAAGCCUUCCAGAAUCACACUCCAGGCAAAUACUCAGGGUUAGUGCUGGGGAAGCUGCUGUUUGACUUCAAACAAGCACAAACCCCUCCUUCACCUUCCCCAGAAAUGCACAUUGGAGACCCACCCCACCCCUGCCCUCUUUGUUGCCUUUCUCCAUUCGUGCUCAAGAGGCUGCAGAGCUGUUUAAUAACUCUGGUGGAUGCCUGUGGGGAGGGAAGGCAGGAGGAGGUUUAAGUGGAAGCCAAAGAAGGUUAGGUAGCAUCUGAUGGCAGUACAACAUGCCUGAUGAUUAGCCCUUGUGCAGAAUAAUACCUUUUAAGCUCUCCUCCCAGCCUUUCCAAUCAUGGCUUCAGUUCUGUCUGAUAUCACCAGGAUGCUGCCUUACCUCUAGCAGGGCAGAGCAGUGUGCUCCUACUCUGCUGCAGCAGCUGCAGGGUACGUGUCUGAGAUACUGCAGUAGCACCAAGGAGCUGUGUCACCAAAGAGCUACAAGUCACAAUGGUGUGGGCUUUGAAUCAUGUUCCAUUUACCUUCAGUGGUUUGAAUAAGGUCUGUGUGAAUAUGAAGGUGGGUCUGAUCGGGAUGCGUGUGAUCACAGAAACGUGGCAUGGUUUAAGCGUAGGUAUUAAUGGGCUGUGGUCGUUCCUAGUGUAAUGUUACUGAAGCCAGCGGUACUGUACCAAUGCGAGCAUGGCUUAGCAACUCCCCAGAGUGAUCUGUCCUUGAAUCCAAACUGAUCUGCCGCAGUGGUGCUUUGAUGCAUAGAGUUCAUGUUGGGACUUGGCCAACGUGAAUGAAUGUUGAAUAUCUGCUGUCUCUUCAAGCCAUGGGUUGAAUUGUUCUGCUCUGCUGCCUCCACCACAGCUGCUCCGCGAAGGGAAAUGUUAUGCCAAUGGAUGUGAUCUCGUCAGCUCCCUCAAAAGCAAGCUAAAACGAGCGAAUUGACCUCUACCGCACUGGGAGAGUAGGCUUCUUCCACAGCACUGCAGCUACACACAAGCGAAAAGAGGUCCCAAGGUCAGAACUGAACCUGCAAGGCCCAUGGCCUCAAGGACUGCCCUUCUUCCUUCCCUCCUCACCUCCUCUGUCUUACCUGGGGGAGGGACAGCUUCCUCGUGGAGGUGAGCCAGCUCCUCGUCCUGCAGCCCCAAGGCAGGCCCUACUAACAGGUACAUCAUCCACCUAUGCAACACUCCCAGGAACUGCCAAGUUUUCAGGAGCCCAUGACAACGUGCAGCAUGUCCAUCCAGCACUGAGAACAAGCACAGCUGCUGCUAAAUGGGUUUUAUUCCUCCCCUCCUAAUGAAGACUGUUUUUGUUGGGGCCUUUUGUUCAUUCGUCUGGUUUUUGUAAACUCCAGACUCCUAGGGAAACGAAGCUUGCGAGAAAUCGGUGCCCGUCCUGAACCAUCCCCAGUCCUUUGAACUUUGGGAAUGGGUGGAUCACCUACUGUGACUGUAAUUUAGUGGACUUUGUAGAGCAAAGUAACUUCACGCACAGACACACAAGGUUCUUUCACUCUCCAUCAGUGCAAGCUGCUUCUGCAACCUUAGCUACUCGCAUUAGUGAAAGAAAAAAGCCUCGCUAGAAUGUGUUGAGAUGACUUAGUAUUUUGCAUCAGUCCCACGGUCCCAAUGGCCAUUAGCAGCGCUGUCAGCUGACAUGCCAUGAAUUCAGGCUUUGGAUGGCAGCCCACGAAGCGGUCAGGGUGAAAAGGUUUGGAAGACCCAAGGCUGAGUCUGUACGCAUCUCCAGAGCACACGCAGAGAGCAGCAGCUGAAAGCAGCCAUCCCUCUGGCUCAGCACAGGGAGAAGUGGUCGGGUUUUGUUUGGGCUGCACCUGCCUUCCCAGGGAAAGCCUGCCCCUGGGGGCUGACGGGAGGGGAAAAGAAAAUCUUGGGGCAUCCGAUGAAGCAACGUGCACGGCACUGCCGAGCCAGCUGGGGAAAAAGCGGUGACGACUAAAACCCAAACGACCAGGAUUUCACUUUGAAAAUGAGAACUGCUUUUUCAAACUGAAAUGAGACUGAGAGGCCUUGAGAGUGUUUCAGGUUGCUGCUCCUUGCUUUAGAAAUGUAAUCUCUGAGGAUGGUGUGGAUUUAAGCACCCUGCUCCAGCCAGCUCAGCUAGAAUUGUGCAGUGCAGGUGGAAAAGGGAUGCCACAGGAAGGUUUGGAUAGUGCAGCAGGGGCUUUGCCGUGAGGUACGGUGAUCAGGAACGGAGGCUGGAGCUUAAAAUCCUCCUCUGCACCUAGAUAGAGGUCUGGGCUUGACAUCCAAAUGUGUAUUGAUGUGGGGCAGGGCAUGCUGCUGGGUGCCCAUGUGCACUGCUGGGGGCUGCUGCCCUGCAGAGGAGCUUGUGUUGGUGGCUUUGGUCUGGUACGGCCCCUCCGUUCCCCUAGGGAAUGGUUUGUGGGGUGACGGGGCACUGCUCGUGGCUCGUGGGAGGAAAAUCCUGACCUGUUUUUUGUAGGAGGAUGGUGCGAAGUGUCACAUUUGCUGCAGUGACUGGCAGGGAGCCGGGAUAAGAGCAUGGAGCAAGCUGUGUUUGAGAUGAAGCUGAUGCCCUGCCGGCUGCCUGAAGUGCGAGAGCUGUUGGAUCUGCUCCCUGGCCAGCGCGCUGCGGAUCUGCUCACCCUCCCCAAACCUGGUGUGAAAAUUGUCUCUUGUGGCUGUGCGGGACCAGGGGGCCUGCAGAGAGGGUGUACGGGGUCAGCCCUCAGAGGCUUUGCAGGUGGGGUGGUUUCAGUGGGAGACGCGAGGCCAGGCAGGGCAGGACACUGCUGUGCUGGAGCAGCGGUGUUUGGAGGCAAGGAGAGGGAGCGGGGCAUCGGGUGGAGAAGGCCUGGGACAAAGCAAGCUUUUGGGGCAAGCUGCGCGUGCCCAAGGGGACGUGCAGGAGGCAUUUCCCAGCUGAGGUGCCCAGGCCAAGCCUCGCUGCAUCGUCAGAGCAGCGAUGCUGCCUCCGAGCCCCGCGCUGACAGCUGGAGCACGUGUCACCGAGCCGCAACGGAUGAUGCAGCCACAAGGUGUAAAUGUCACUAAUGAACAAAUUGCCUCGUGCCUGGGAGAGGCUAAUCCAUCACGGCUGGGGACAGGGAUCUGACAGGGCCGGCUAUUUCGGGUGCAGCCUGUGGGGAGGAACCGCUUCACGUCUCAGCUGUCCCCUCUGCCCAGGGAGGCCGAUGCAGGGCUUGGCUCCGCGCUGCUCCCCGCCUCCCCUCCACACCAGCUUGGGGCUCAGCCCUCUCCGUGCCACCAAAGGAGGAACCAGGGGGGCGUUUGGGCUGGCAGGAGGAGCAGACAGACCCUGGGUGGUGUGCCCAGGACAGGGCGAGUUUGGCAGGAGGGUGCUGCACACAGCAUGCCAGCACCGGGGGGCUUUGUCAGUGGUCCGGGGUGCAGGGCUGUGGCCAGUAGUGCUUGCUGCGGUGUUGUACAGAAUGCCACUUGCUCCCCAGUUCAAUCUCAUAGUUUGCCCCUAUAUGAGGUGCCCUCAAGGUGAUGCUACAAGCCAAGCCCCCACCCUGUCAGGGAACACAGCCGGCUGUACUGUGCUGUCUUGGGGCCGUGCACAGCCCCGGGACUGAGUUCGGUGUGAAGAGACCCAGCCCUGUCGAAGCAGAGGGAUGCCGAGCACAGCAGCUAUCCCCCAUGCAUCCUCCCGCUCCUCCACCCCCAGCUGGUGCCCGAAAUCAGCCCGCCGUCCUGGUGACGACAUAUGCCAGCGUGACACCUCGCAAAUCGCUGCCUUUGCGGCUGCGAGCAGAAGCCGAGAGGCUCGGGGAGCUCCUGCCCCCCCUGCACGAAGCACAGCUCGCCAUCUGCCGCAGCCAGCAGCCAGCCCGCGGCACCCGCCGCUGCGUGCGCGCGGUGGAAGCCCCCGUGUCGCUCCCCCCCCCCUUUUCUCCCCAUCCUCCCCCCGUCAGUCUGGCACAGACCCACGCACACCCCACGGGCGACUCGCCGGAGAAGCUGCUGGUGGGUGCUGUCAGCUGUCGGGCUUUAAUUUUAGCGGUGUUUGGAAUGGUUUGAAGCCUUGCAGAGUGGUGGUGAUGGAUGGCCGGGCGGUGUGCGGUGGCCAAGGGGCUCACGGGAGGGAAGACAGGGGGUCUCCAGGCCCCAGGAGGGCCUGCACGGUGCCCCAGGAAUGUGCUUGGAUGGUGGUUGGAAGGUGUUAGCAAAUCUUGGCUGUGCACAUCAAGAGGAGCUGGGAGUAUCCUGGAAAGCAAUUCAGCAUUUUUUCCGGUGAUAAAUUUUCCACGAGCCCUUUCCUUUCCACCGUGCUCCUCGCUGGCUGUGCUGGCUGCUUACUCCUCGGCGUGCUGGAGGGAUCCCACCGCUGCCCUCCCAGCACCAGCUCUCAUCGCCCAGCCCUGUGCCUGGAGCUACGUGCAGGCUUUCCCUGGACCUGGACACCCCCAUUAUGCGCCCCCAUUAUUGCUGAAGCCGCUCCUUCUUCAGCCUGAACCUGACCUGGGCCUUUUCUGCUGUUUCUGAACACGAGUUCUCAUCUCAUUCAGGUGUGUCAUUCAGUGGAAAUAUUUUGUAAAUGCAAACAAAAAGAAACAAAUCUUUUCAAUACCUCGGUCUCGAGGGUGGGAAACAAGGCGUUGGAGAUGCCCGGGUGGGAAGGACUGGCAGCGGCUGCCACUGGCUAUAUUUUCUUGCAGACGUAGCCCCUGGAAGCAUCUGUGAGUGGUUUGGAAGGGGGCUACCCUGAUCUGCAAGGGCUUUGGGGUGACCCACACGGGCAUCCCUCAUGUGGCUGCU